GGGGGAAGGCGGAGAGAGCGUUAAUGCUGAAGGUGGGUCUGUGGAGCAGACUGCAGCUGAUGUCGCUGGUCGACUAACAGCAAGUCUUUCUUCGCCAUAGAAGUUUGUCAGGCGAACAAAGCGUUAUAAUUCGGCUUUCAACCCACCCUAGAGUAAUAAACGCAAGAGGAUAACGGACAUGAACUUAGCUGUACCUUUGUGCGCUCGAGCGCUUUUCUUGGCUCAACUUCUGGCUUUGUUCUUCUUCAGCCCUGCGCGAGGCCAAAGUGAUGGCAGUGGUGUGGUGGUGGCCAUGUACAAUAUCAGCGCUUCCCAGGGAUCUCAGGCAGUACUGCAAUGUCAUAGUCAGCGCAUGGUGUGGACCCAAGACCGCUUAAAGGACCGCCAAAGGGUAGUGCACUGGGAUUUACUUCGUCCUGGCCCAGACUACGCAAUGGAGCGUGUUAUAGACAUGUUUUCUGCAGGAGACCAGCGCAUCUACAACGGCUACAACCAGGGCCGUAUUAACAUGCCCAAGACUGCUUUUAAGGACGGCAACUUCUCAUUGGUAAUCAAAGAUGUUGCAAUGAGUGACAAAGGAGUCUACUCCUGUAACCUGCAUCAUCAUUACUGCCACCUGUAUGAGUCUAUCAAAGUUCAGCUCAAUGUCACCAAAUCAGCGCGUAAGGAGAGGCGGUUUUGGGACGGUCAGAAGGCAGUGUUUGUGGUUCUGGUGGGCAGCACGGUGGUUCUCCCUUGUUUUAACCGCCGGCCUAUCUGGACAGAGGGCAAUAGUCAGGAGGACCAACAACAAGUGGUGCACUGGGACCGCCAACCUCCAGGGGUUCGACACGACCGUGCCGACAGGCUCAUCGACUUGUACGCUUCUGGUGAGAGGCGUCACUAUGGACCACUGUUUGUUCAGCAAAAGAUGAAUAUUUCUGCCACAGCGUUCUCGCAGGGAGAUUUCUCUCUGAUCAUCUCAGACAUCCAGCCUCUAGAUCAGGGGCUAUACUCUUGUCAUCUUCACCAUCACUAUUGCGGUCUGCAUGAGAGACGCAUCUUCCAGCUUACCGUAACGCCUCCAAUCCCUCAGAUCCCUCAGGAACCCACAGAUGAACCCCAGUAUCUUCCCAAUGAAGACCCAAACACCAGUAUGGUGGAAGUGCCGCCACAUGUAAUCAACGUCAUCUUGCCAGAGCAAAGGAGUCACUUCCAGCAGCAGCUGGGCUACAUCUUGGCGACUCUUCUCUUACUGGCCCUUAUUGUGCUGGCUGUUGUUCUCCUCACACGUCACCGGAAAAGACCAGGCCAGGAUUUUGAUCCACGGAAAAUUGAAAGUCCACCUCUGCCGACGGUUACCUAUGUGGGCCACACGUCAUGUGUUAAGAAAGAAUGUGAGGGACGUUUUCCAGAGGAGAGGUCAAGCAACCAAGAGGAGACAAAGCUGGACUACAAGAACAAUCUUCUGAAGGAAGCUGAAAUGUCCAAACUUUGCUCCCAAAAAGCUAUUGACCUGGACAGAGAAAUGGAGAAGCCAUCUUGGAAAUAAGUGGUACCUUGCCACUGGCUGGUCCAGGGGCAGAUUUGGAAACGGACAAAGAAUCAAUUGCAGAGAGGUGACAAUAUGGCAAGGAAAUAAGUAAAACUGAAAGAAGGACAGAGUUGUAUAGUUUUUUGUUGUCGUUUUAAAUCCUGACUCGAGAUCCUUCACAUUUUUUGGUUCUUGUGACGCUUGCAGCAAGCACCACAGUCUCACCAGCAGCAUUUUGGACAGCUGCUUUAUCAGACUAAUGGCAAACAACUGUUUCAGAGCACUAAAAGCAAAAACCUUAAAAAUGCAAGUCUGCAUUUUUACUGUUGAUUUGGCCCAGUGCUCCCACAUGCUUUAUGAGCAAGAAUAAAACACACCCAGAAUUCUGUGUCCUAAGUGUCAGAAUGUUUGUACUGGUGUGAGGUAUGGGCUAUGUGAAGAUGAGGCCUGGCCGAGUCUGUAACAUGAACACUUAGUUUAAAAGCUUUAUGUGAGGAAGAACCUUCUUAUUCUUGUUGGAAUAAAAAAAAAACAUUGCAAUUUAGAUGGUACAGUUUUAGGUGAUUUUGAAAUUAAAAGUAUAAUUGAAAAUCCAGAGCUGUAUUGCCACAAAUAUUGCUAUUGCUACAUCACAAAAUACAUUUUUCAGCUUUCUUCAUAUUUUUUUUAUCUUCUCAGUAGGUUUAAGCUAUGGUUUCAGAAGGGUACAAUUCAUACGCAUUUUGAUACCUGUACUGUGUUAUAUGAACAACAUGAUUAUUAAAAGUUCUAUUUUAAUAAUAAUACUAGGUCAAGUAUAUUUAGCUCAUUUUGUUGAACUGUCUGUGUGGUUAUGUAAGGACAUCAUUCAGCCCAGAAAAUCUUGGAGUUUUUAUACUGGUUCGGCCAGAAUAUACAUCAGUUUAGACAGAAUAUUUCAGCAUAUUACAUCAUGAUAUCUAAACCCAUUUAAGCAGUAUCUUUUUCUCAUUUUGAUAUUCUAUUCCCAUUACUAAUUGUAUUAGCACAAAAAGCUACGGUUCCUUUAAUUUGUACACUUUUUUCUGUCACGAUCUUCUGUAUCCUGUCAUCUUUUUAUGUUAUUGUGCGUAUGUUUAGUUACUCAUGCUGCAAACCUUACUAACCGCCUUUGUCACAGUUUAUUUGAAUAUUCUAGCUAUUAAUGUCUUCAUCCAGGCUUGCGAUUAAGUGUAUAACUGCAUCAAGGUACUUGUUAAACAUGAAAAUAAUUGACAGAUGCAAAUAUUUAUUUUCUAGCUUGCUCAAAUCAGUGUUAUGCAAUGUGUACCGCUUUAUCUUUAACAGUUUAUUAUGGUGACGCUGAAGCAAUGCUUUCGCUCAUUAUGGUAAUUAUAUGACACUCAGCCACCCUUUUAAUUUUCUUUAAUGGCUCUGAAAAAGAUUGUUAAUAUCAUUGAUUGAGCUUGCAAAGAGGAAUUUGCUGGGUAGACUACAAUGCUUUUGGUACAUGAUGCAACAUAAUAGAUCAUCCUGAAGCAGUUUUAUUAUUGAUGAUUUCAUUUUCCAAUUCACUACCGAUGUUCUUUUAUUCAAAGCAGAAUAAAAAAAAACUCAUUUUAA